AUGCGCACAGUUCUGGAAGUCAUGCAAUACAACCUCACGAUUCAAGUUCUUAAGCUUUUUUAUCUGACCCAUUUAGACGUCAACGAAUGUCUUACUGGAGAAGCUAGAUGUGAGCAGAAAUGUAUUAAUAUUCCUGGAUCAUAUCAGUGCAUUUGCGAUCGAGGAUACACUGUCGCCGCUGAUGGACGAACAUGUGUUGACAUCGACGAGUGUCAACUGUGGGCUGGAGCAGAUAUCGACGAGUGCGCACUUGGCGAAUGUCAGGGACAUGAACGAAUUUGUGUCAACACUCUUGGUCAGUUCAAAUGUCACGAGAUCAAAUGCCCGGAGAACUACGUUCACGACAGUAACUACAAAAAUCGUUGCAACCGUCUUCGUUCGGUUUGUGGUGGUUUGACUGAAGCUGCAUGUAAAGCUCGCUAUCCCGUGCACAUCACUUGGCAGUAUAUCGCGAUUCCUAAAGGAAUCGCCAUCACAUCACAUCGUCCCACCAUCACGCUAUUCACCAUCAAGGGACCAGCUCACAACGACUCAAUCGUUCAGUUUGAGCUCAACCUCAAACGCGCUAUUCCGGAAGCACCAUCUGUGUUGCUGGCGAUUCGCCAGAAUUUCCUCCUGCAGAAGGGGAAGGAUCGUAACUCCGCAGUGAUCGCCGUUCGAGACACGCUGGACGGACCGCAGACCAUCGAACUGGAGCUCAUUCUCAGGCUCACGAAGAAAUCGCAAUUUACCGGAAAAUACAUAGCCAAUUUAAUUGUACAUGUAGCUCCUCACAAACGUCACUCUGGAGGUACCGUGCAGGAUGGCUAUUCGUGUUUGAAAGCUUGUAAACAAGAAGAUGUCGUCUGUCUCGGGAAUCACACGAAAGAGAUUUUGUACCAGUUCCGAGCCUUACCGUCCACAAAGCUUGUCGAAAAACCGAUAGAGGUGUCUGCGGAUCAGAAAACCUUUCAUAUGGAAAACGCCAUUCUCUGUCUCGUACUACCUGGACGACGUGGGGCAACGACAUUUCAGCAUUGA